AAUCACGAAAAAAUUCGGAUUCCCAACCUCAUCGCCUCAAUGACGCAAAAAAUUGACCUCUCCCUGCCUCCAGCGGCCCCUGCAGCCUACAUCUCUAAGUACCAAAGAGAAUCUAACGAACUUCUAUCGGCACUCUAUACUUUGGUCCCACUCUCGGAAGAUGAACUGAAGGAAGUCGCAAUUACUUGCGAGAAUGAAUGUGGUCUGGGAGAAGAUCAGGCAGGAAACGUUGUCACCCCGGCACCCCAACCUCAUCAUGUUUCUCUCCCUCUGCGAGCGGUGUAUGAAAGCCAUAUGGAUAAGAUCUCUCACGGCGAAAGCGGAUACAACUCUUUUAAUUUCGUCGUUGUUGUUGAUCAGAACUGGAAAGAGAAUGGGGUUUUGCUGGUCACACUUUAUACACAAGAUGAUCCUCCAAGGAUUGACUCGUUCAUGUGUCCAGCUGCUGAGGUUGGGCUGCUCUUACAAAAUCUAUGGGUCGCAAACAUGGGUUGGGAGGAACUAAAAGAGAGCUACCAGAUUGGGGCCGGCCGGGCCACUGGUGAUAAUCAUAAUGAGGUUUACGGGUCUUAG